UGCGCCACGCGCCGGAGACCUGGGGUUGGGCAGAGCCCAGUUCCGUGCAAUUUUCAACGCAGGCGUGAGCGUCCCUCUGGGCGUCUUCCUGGAGGGAUCUCCCUUCGCUCCCGAGACUGCAGGAUGGUGUCCUGGAUGAUCUGUCGCCUGGUGGUGCUGGUGUUUGGGAUGCUGUACCCAACUUAUGCUUCCUACAAGGCUGUGAAGACCAAGAACAUUCGUGAAUAUGUUCGGUGGAUGAUGUACUGGAUCGUCUUUGCACUCUUUAUGGCAGUGGAGACCUUCACAGACAUCUUUAUUUCCUGGUUCCCUUUCUACUACGAGAUCAAGAUGGCAUUUGUGCUGUGGCUGCUUUCGCCCUAUACCAAGGGGGCCAGCCUGCUUUACCGCAAGUUCGUCCACCCAUCCUUGUCUCGCCAUGAGAAGGAGAUCGACACCUACAUCGUGCAGGCCAAGGAGCGCAGCUACGAGACGGUGCUCAGCUUUGGGAAGCGGGGCCUCAACAUUGCCGCCUCGGCUGCUGUGCAGGCAGCCACCAAGAGUCAGGGCGCACUGGCCGGAAGGCUGCGGAGCUUCUCCAUGCAGGACCUGCGCACCAUCUCCGAUGCCCCCGCCCCCACCUACCAGGAUCCCCUCUACCUGGAGGACCAGGUACCCCACCGCAGGCCACCCAUCGGGUACCGGGCAGGGGGCCUGCAGGACAGUGACACUGAGGAUGAGUGUUGGUCAGACACAGAAGUGGUCCCCCAGCCAUCAGCGCGGCCCCGAGAGAAGCCUCUGGGCCGCACCCAGAGUCUGCGUGUGGUCAAGAGGAAGCCGCUGCUGCGGGAGGGCACGUCGCGCUCCCUGAAGGUUCGGACGAGGAAAAAGACCACGCCUUCAGACAUGGACAGCUAGGGUCUCCGGAGCCUGGCCCGGUCUUACCUCGUGCCCUGCAGGGCAUUGGGACUGUUUGGAGGGGACCUCUGGUGGCACAUCUGGCCUGCCUGCACCAGCUGCCCGGGUGCUGCCCUCCUGACUCUUGCUGUCGGUUACGGGCCACGUGUGGGGCUGCACC